AUGGUAACAACUCUUGAAAUUCCUGCUGAACCAAUAGAAACGGUCCAAAUCAACAACAACAACAAGAAGAAUCAAAGGAAGUUAACCCUCCUGCCUCUCAUCUUCCUACUCUAUUUCCAGGCCUCCGGGGGACCCUAUGGAGAAGAACCAACCGUAAAAGCCGCUGGACCCCUCUUUGCCAUCCUUGGCUUUCUCAUCAUCCCUUUCAUCUGGAGUAUCCCACAAGCACUCCUCACAGCCGAGCUUGCCACUACUUUCCCUGGCAAUGGUGGUUAUGUCAUAUGGGCUUCUCAUGCAUUUGGUCCCUUCUGGGGUUUCCUCAUGGGUUCAUGGAAGUUCACUAGUGGAGUCAUCAACAAUGCCUCCUAUCCUAUCCUCUGCAUUGACUACUUGAAACGCUUGUUCCCCAUUUUCUCUUCUGGCCUUCCUCGCUAUUUGGCAAUUUCUUCUGCAAUCUUUAUCUUGUCUUUCCUUAACUACGCCAGUGUUACCAUAUUUGAUUACACCACAGUGGCCCUAGGCACAAUCUCACUUUCCCCACUCCUUGUAAUGGUUUUGGCUUCCAUACCCAAAAUUCAUCCCCGCCGUUGGAUUAGCUUGGGUCAGCCAGGAGUGAAAAGGGAUUGGAAUCUAUUCUUUAAUACACUCUUCUGGAACUUGAAUUACUGGGACAAUGCCAGUACUUUGGUUGGCGAAGUAGAUCAACCACAGAAAACAUUCCCAAAAGCACUUCUCUGUGCUGGAAUCCUAACUUGUUUGGCCUACGUCAUAUCUCUAAUGUCCACUAUUGGGUCACUUGAAUUGAAUCAAGAGCAAUGGGAUGCUGGGUUCUUAGCUGAAGCUGCAAACAUGAUAGUGGGUAAGUGGCUAAAAAUUUGGAUUGAAAUUGGUGCUGUAGUGUCUGCAAUUGGAGUCUUUGAAGCCCAAUUGAGUAGUAGUUCAUUCCAGAUUCUAGGCAUGGCCAAUACUGGAUUCCUACCUCGAUCCUUCGGGUUGAGAUCGAAAUGGUUCAGUACACCAUGGGUUGGGAUCUUAGUAUCAAGCCUUACAACAUAUGCAGUUUCUUUCAUGGGUUUCACUGAUAUAAUAUCUUUGGCAAAUUUCUUGUAUGGUCUGGGAAUGCUAUUGGAGUUCUCUUCAUUUUUCUGGCUAAGACUGAAACAUCCAUUGUUGAAUAGACCAUUUAAGGUGCCCAUGGGAUUAACUGGUACGGUGGUGAUGUGUUUGAUUCCAAGUGGACUUCUGAUCUACGUGAUGGCAAUUGUGAAUCAACUGGUCUAUGCAGUGAGUGCUUCACUGACCAUUGCUGGGGUUGCUGGCUAUUUCUUCAUGAGAUUUUGCAGGUCUAAGGGCUGGUUUGAGUUCAACAAGGUUGAAGUUGAAGUUGAAGCUGAGCCUAUUGAAAGGGUUAGGAGUUUUCGGUUUAUUGCAACGUCGAAUGUGAAUCCCAUAUCCGAAUAG